AAAUAUCAAUACUAAAUACAACUCUUCCAUUUUCAGUAAUCAGAUUCCUCUGCUUCAAUUCAACACACUAUUCUACUUUCCCUUCUUUCCAAACUCAACAUGCCCAAUUCUGAACCCAACACCAUCACUGGAACUGCUGGCUAUGUCCUUCAUGAUGUCCCUCAUCUAUCUCACUACAUCCCUCACCUCACUACAUAUCCUAAUCCGUUGCAAGGCAACCCUUCCUAUUCAGUUGUCAAUCAGCAUUUUGUUGAUAUGGAUGAUUCUGUUGCGCAACAGAUAAUUGUACACAAGAAUAGCCCAAGAGGGACUCAUUUUCGCCGUGCCGGGCCUCGUCAGAAGGUAUAUUUUGACUCCGAGGAUGUCCAUGCUUGUAUUGUCACAUGUGGAGGUCUUUGUCCUGGUGUAAAUACAGUGAUCAGAGAAAUAGUUUGCGGAUUGCACCAUAUGUAUGGGGUGAACGAAGUCCUGGGAAUAGAGGGAGGAUAUAGUGGUUUUUAUUCACGAAAUACAAUUCCGUUGACACCAAAGGAUGUCAAUGACAUUCACAAACGUGGUGGAACCAUCCUUGGUACCUCACAAGGAGAAGGAGGCAAUGAUACCGGAAAGAUAGUGGAUAGCAUUCAGGAUAGGGGAAUUAAUCAGGUUUACAUACUUGGAGGAGAUGGAACUCAGAGAGGGGCUUCUGUGAUUUUUGAGGAAAUUAGAAGACGUGGCUUGAAAGUUUCAGUGGUGGGGAUUCCGGAAUCUGUUGAUAAUGACAUCCCAGUUAUUGACAAAUCAUUGGGUUUUGACACUGCUGUUGAAGAGGCACAAAGAGCCAUAAAUGCUGCUCAUGUGGAAGCAGAAAGUACUGAGAAUGGUAUUGGUGUUGUCAAGCUAAUGGGUCGCUUCAGUGGAUUUAUAGCUAUGUACGCAACUCUCGCCAGCCGAGAUGUGGAUUGUUGCUUAAUUCCAGAGUCACCCUUUUACCUUGAGGGUCCAUGUGGACUCUUUGAGUUCAUUAGGAAAAGACUCACAGAAAAUGGCCACAUGGUUAUAGUAAUAGCUGAAGGUGCUGGUCAGGAGCUUAUUUCGGAAAGCCUAUCUGCUAUGAAUAAGCAGGAUUCAGCCGGCAACAAGUUACUUCAAGAUGUUGGUUUGUGGUUAUCCCAGAAGAUUAAGGACCACUUUGCGGAAAGUAAAAAAAUGGCUAUAACUCUGAAGUACAUUGAUCCCACGUACAUGGUCCGUGCCGUUCCAAGUAUUGCAUCUGAUAAUGUAUAUUGCACUCUCCUUGCUCAAAGUGCUGUUCAUGGUGCAAUGGCUGGAUACACAGGCUUCACAGUUGGCGUGGUCAAUGGCAGACAUUCUUAUAUUCCAUUUUAUCGGAUAAAUGAGGGUGAAAAGAAGGUUGUGAUAACUGAUCGCAUGUGGGCAAGGUUACUGUCUUCAACUAAUCAACCUAGCUUCUUGAAUCCUAAAGGAACACAACUCACCAAACCAUAGCUGCUAGUUACUUUUUUUUUUUAUUAUAAAAUUUUUAAUAUUACUUUUCCUUACUUUUGUGAGAUGAGUUAAGGUAUAAUAAUAUUGUCAAUAUAUGGACUUUAUGACACGCAGUCAGAUAUUUUGCUA